CCUGCAACCUCUCCGCGCGAAGACGGCUCCAGCUCUGCAGGGAAAGAAAAGUAACUUCGCUUUUCUCGGAGGAACCAGGAAGGAUUAAGCGGCCUGGGAGAGGGCAGGAGCUCGCAGAGGGUGGAAGGACUGUGGAGUGAGACGCGCUCGGGCAAAGACUAUGUAAUCGCCUUGGUGUCUGUACAGAGGACUGAGCUUCGGGGAGGGAAGAGGAGGGAUCGGCUUGCUCCUCGGCGACUCGGCAGGCGGAGUUUCGCAGCGGCGGCACCAGGGUUGCGCCCGCCCGCGGGGAGGUCGCUCCAUCCAGCCCCGGCGGCCGCGAGAGUCCGAGCGCCGGACCGCGGUAGUCGGCGGGGGUGAGAGAGAGCGAGACCGAGCUCUAGGGCGCGAGGGCGCAGGCCGGGGGGUCCGGGAGGAGACGAGCGGCGGCCACGAGCGAGCCGAGCGCGCCCCCCGCCCGCCCCAGCGGCGCCGCGCCGGGCGGCGUCCGGGCGGCAUGGAGAAGGACGGCCUGAGCCGUGCCGACCAGCAGUACGAAUGCGUGGCGGAGAUCGGGGAGGGCGCCUAUGGGAAGGUGUUCAAGGCCCGGGACCUGAAGAACGGAGGCCGUUUCGUGGCGCUGAAGCGCGUGCGAGUGCAGACUGGCGAGGAGGGCAUGCCGCUCUCUACCAUCCGCGAGGUGGCGGUGCUGAGGCACCUGGAGACCUUCGAGCACCCCAACGUGGUCAGGUUGUUUGAUGUGUGCACAGUGUCACGAACAGACAGAGAAACCAAACUAACAUUAGUGUUUGAACAUGUUGAUCAAGACUUGACCACUUAUUUGGAUAAAGUUCCAGAGCCUGGAGUGCCCACUGAAACCAUAAAGGAUAUGAUGUUUCAGCUUCUCCGAGGUCUGGACUUUCUUCAUUCUCACCGAGUGGUACAUCGUGAUCUAAAACCACAGAACAUUCUGGUGACCAGCAGUGGACAAAUAAAACUGGCUGACUUCGGCCUUGCCCGCAUCUACAGUUUUCAGAUGGCUCUUACCUCAGUGGUCGUCACGCUGUGGUACAGAGCUCCAGAAGUCUUGCUUCAGUCCAGCUACGCCACCCCUGUGGACCUCUGGAGUGUUGGUUGCAUAUUUGCAGAAAUGUUUCGUAGAAAGCCGCUUUUUCGUGGAAGUUCAGAUGUCGAUCAACUAGGAAAAAUCUUGGACGUAAUUGGACUCCCGGGAGAAGAGGACUGGCCUAGAGAUGUCGCCCUCCCCAGGCAGGCUUUUCACUCAAAAUCUCCUCAACCAAUUGAGAAGUUUGUAACAGAUAUUGAUGAACAAGGCAAAGACCUACUUCUGAAGUGCUUGACAUUUAAUCCAGCCAAAAGAAUAUCGGCCUACAGUGCCCUGUCUCACCCAUACUUCCACGACCUGGAGAGGUGCAAGGAAAACCUGGAUUCCCACCUGCCGCCCAGCCAGAACAGCUCAGAAAUGAAUACAGCCUGAGCUGCCUGGAGCUGAUCAUCCGGAGAACCUCCUUGGUAGCUGAUGGGUCCCCUGAGUAAGCCCUGCAGAGCUGCUGAGGAUCACUGGCUGGAGACCUUCUAGCUGCCGUCUUCUGGAUGGGCUCUGCUUCUCUGAGGAAACCGCCUCGUUUACUGUUUUGAAAUCAAUGCAAGAGUGAUUGCAGCUUUAUGUUCAUUCGUUUGUUUGUUUGUUUGUUUGUUUUAAGAACCUGGAAAAAUUCCAGAAGAGAAGCUGCUGACCAAUUGUGCUGCCAUUUCAUUUUUCUGAUCUUGAAUGCUGCCAGUGUGAAGUGAGCAAUCCGGGCACAGCUGAGUUAUGAUAUAAUGUCUCUGCAGGUGCUGGAGCCUGAUUUGGUACUUUUGAGUGAGUGUAUGUGCGUGUGCAUGUGUGUAUGUGUGUGUGUGUGAUUCUUGAUCUCUUAAAAAGUGUUACUUUCUGUAAACAACAAGAAUAAUUGAAUUUUAAAGGCUCAAAGUGACGGCUAAAUAACAGGUGUCUAUUGACUAAAGGUGAUUCACCAAAAUGGGCUUCUCAAAUUUAAAGUUGAGCCUAUGUCCUUAGCAUUUCUUUUCUGGCCCAAAGCAGUAAAUUUGCUAAUAGUAAAAGGUUCACUAUCUAGGUGAAGUUUUAUACACACAGCAAAAAGAAAAAAAAAAAAUUCUAGUAUCUUUUAAGAAACCUGUUUUUUGAAGCACAAAUUCUAUUUACUUUUCAAAAAGCUCAUUUACUCCUUGUAAUUUUAACGUGUAUAAUGUGCUUUAUUGUUUCUUUUGAAAAAUACCUAUAAGCUUUUUCUUAACUUGCUAUAGAUUUAGGGAGUGUACCUCAACUAGGUAAAAUCGUCAAAAAAUAAUAGAGAAAGCCUUUAUUUCCUGGUUUGGAAUUUAUUUUCUUUUUGGUUUUUGUUGUUAUUUUGUUUUGGUUUUGAUUUUAGGAAUUUGUCAGAAACUGUUUUCCUGUUUGGGUUUGGAGGAUAGUUCUCUCUGACUAGAGACAGGAAUGCCAUUUAAGUUUUCCCCCACCUAUUACACUGUACUUUUUCUACCGUGCACUGCCUCAUUUGCAAAGUAUCCAUCUUAUCUAUCCCCCAGCGCAUCUAAUAUGUAUUACUACCCUUACAUAAUUAAUAACAGAUUGCUUAAGCUGUUCUCAUGCACCUCCUACUUUCUUUCUUUCAAUGAACCUUUCAUAAAUAGUUUGAUUCAGAUUUAUGGCUUAUGGCUCCAAUUCCACAAUCCUAACAGAGUCCCAUAUGUUCUCCCUCUACUGCAAUCUUCCUGCCUGGCAUUUGGCAUUCACGGUUGUUACCUAGGUAAUGAGUAGAAGACUGGUUCUUCUCAAUCACCAGCAAGUAGAUUGCUUUAAAGUGUAACUUAGUGUUUUACAGCUUUAUAGAAUAUAUUGUCAGUGUAGUAUCUGAGGGAAUGUCCUUAACUAUUUUUUAGAAAUAUAUAUUUACUCUAUAAAAUUACCUAUUCUCCGUCGCCAGGCUGUGCUUGUUUCUAGUGCCUUAACGCACAUGCCUGCUCUCUGCAGAGCCAGCCUGACCUGGGCAUUGUGAACAGCUUUACUUUUUCUCUUGCCAUUUUCUCUACAGUACUUUAUAUUCCAUAUCAUCUCUGCCUUCUGUGUGGUUAGUGCUCAGUUGGCUCUAGUAACCAGAAGACAUAGAGAUGAAGUAUCUUUUGGUAAGUUUAGCUAAUUUCGCUUCCUGAUUCAUGUUUUACGAGCAUGCAACAGUUAGACUGUGUUUAGAGUUAGGGUUUUCAAAGAAUGGACAUUGCUUCCCUCAGAAGAAAAUGUGCCAGGUGAUGUUUAUGCAUAAUCAGGCCUUUCUGAGUUCUCCACAGCUUAAUAUUGUAU